UAUCCAAUCGCGACCGUUAGCUGGGCCGGGCGAUGCGGUGGUACCAAGAGGAGAAAAAUCUGACCGUCCGUGCCGGGUGAUGUGAAAAGUCAAUACCACAUCAAAACCAGGCUUUUCCGUCGCAUGUUUAGACCACUCAAAGGGAUAUGAGAAUCACCAUUUGUUAAACGGUGAUGGGCACGUCUGAUCAGUGAGUGCGAUCGAGGCCAUUGUGAAUACUUGUUGAGCUUCGUCCUGACGGUUAACAGCAGCAUCUACAGAUCACCUCUCUCUGCGUGGCACUCUUUUUUUUGCCACCUCUGAGCCUUUGAAGGAAAAACAUCACCGUGGGAUCACACACCUCUGCACUGUGCACAUCCCAGCCAGACUUCCCCCGCAUCACCUCAUCCUCACCUCCCCAAGAGGGAGAGAACAGCAGCCGCCAUGGUGCUGUCACAGAGACAAAGAGAUGAACUAAACCGGGCUAUAGCUGACUAUCUUCGUUCCAAUGGAUAUGAGGAAGCCUAUUCCACCUUCAAGAAAGAAGCAGAGUUAGAUAUGAAUGAAGAGGUAGAUAAGAAGUAUGCAGGGCUAUUGGAAAAGAAGUGGACCUCAGUUAUCAGAUUACAGAAGAAGGUGAUGGAGUUGGAAUCAAAGUUGAACGAGGCAAAAGAGGAGAUGACACAUGGAGGACCUGUGGGUCAGAAGAGAGACCCCAAGGAGUGGAUCCCCCGUCCCCCAGAGAGAUAUGCCCUGAGCGGGCACCGUGCUCCAGUCACGCGUGUCAUAUUCCACCCUGUGUUUUCUGUCAUGGUUACAGCUUCUGAGGAUGCUACCAUCAAGGUGUGGGACUAUGAGGCAGGGGACUUUGAGCGAACCCUCAAAGGCCACACAGACUCAGUGCAGGACAUCUCCUUUGACCAGACGGGAAAGCUGCUGGCUUCAUGUUCAGCUGACAUGAGCAUCAAACUUUGGGAUUUUCAGGGGUUUGAGUGUAUCCGAACAAUGCAUGGCCAUGAUCACAAUGUGUCGUCUGUUGCCAUUAUGCCAAAUGGUGACCACAUAGUGUCUGCCUCCAGAGACAAGACCAUGAAGAUGUGGGAGGUGGCUACUGGGUACUGUGUGAAGACAUUUACAGGCCAUAGGGAGUGGGUGAGGAUGGUGCGUCCCAAUCAGGAUGGCUCGUUGAUCGCUAGCUGCUCUAACGAUCAGACGGUGCGUGUCUGGGUGGUCGCCUCGAAGGAGUGCAAAGCUGAGUUGCGGGAACAUGAACAUGUGGUAGAGUGUAUCGCCUGGGCUCCCGACAGUGCUCACCCCACCAUCCUGGAAGCUACAGGCUCAGAGAGUAAGAAGAGUGGAAAGCCUGGCCCCUUCCUUCUCUCUGGCUCCAGAGAUAAAACAAUUAAGAUGUGGGACGUUAGCAUUGGGAUCUGCCUUAUGACUCUGGUGGGACAUGACAACUGGGUGCGUGGGGUAUUGGUUCAUCCUGGAGGAAGAUUCAUAGUGAGUUGUGCUGAUGACAAAACCAUUAGGAUCUGGGACUACAAGAACAAACGCUGCAUGAAGACCUUGAGUGCCCAUGAACACUUUGUUACCUCUCUGGAUUUCCACAAGACUGCUCCCUACGUGGUGACAGGCAGUGUCGAUCAGACAGUCAAAGUUUGGGAGUGCCGCUGAGACUGCCUCCAUCUUUUGCCCUCUCCUGAUCCCCAGCCUCCCCUCCUCAACUCCUAAAGCCCCUUCCAACCUUCUCCUCUACCUUCUUCCCUCUGUUCUGACACCCAGCUCAGCCCCUCACCUCUCGCACUCCAAACCAUAGUUGACCAAGACGCUUUACCUUCUCCCCGUCUCCCUUUCCUGGCUCCCCCCUCCUUCCCUUCUCCCCUACAUUGGUCCAGCCCUAUUAAGAUGACUAUUGUCCUUUUGUGUAAAUUAUUCUGGAUGUAGGGUACGCUUAAUAAAUGUCACGCAAUCUCUGACACAUAAACACACUCAAAAAGAUAAGAAGUAUCCUUGCAUGGUGAAUCCAACAAAAAAUUCUAUACUGUUAAAUUUGCAAAUUUGCAUACUGUUGUCAUGACUUCCCGUCGGGUCAAAGGGUAAAUAUCUUUGUGUGCUGGCGCAGGCGGAUUCUGGUGAAACUGACAGUGCACGAAAACCAAUGGCACCCCUUUUAUUGAAGGGGUUUAGGUUUUGUUUAGUUUUGUUUUACUCCAUGCCUCCAUUGUUGUGGUCUGUCACUGUGUGGCUGGUGAUAGAGAAGGUGUGAGGAAAGUAAGUGUAAAAGGAUGAGGAAAAGGUGGAAGCUGUCCAGGAGAAAAUGAUAAGAAGCCGAAGAAAAAAAUGAAACGGGAUGCAGCUCCAUAGUCGAAUCACAGGAGGUUUUGUGAGUGAGUGCACGUGUACAUGUGUGUAUACACGUCGUGUGUGUGUGUGUGUGUGUGUGUUUGUAUAUUAUGACAGGAGAAUCUCUCCACCGUCUCUGCUCUGAUGGUCAGAGGAGAGAGAGGAGGCAAAGCUUCUUACCCACUGUGUUCAUUCAUACUACUUCCAUCUCUUUUAACAAACUUGCUUUCUAGUAGACACUCACAGGACCUUAAUGAUCCAUAAGCUGCUGAGAGCACAGGCACACGCCCCAUAGCAAAAGUGUGUUUUACAGAGGAAAAAGUCGGCUCACCUUUUAUGAGGUUUGUGUGUGUAUGUUGCCCCAGAGAAUCGCCCAGUGCCCUCUUGCUCGCUAUCUCUGCCUUGUUAACCCAUUGAGGGCUCCCUCACACGGGAUUUUCAUUCUGCUUUCUGUGGUCUCACUGCUCUCUUUACACACACAUACACAUACACUCACAAAUGCACAUACACGCACAGUAAAAGUUGUGUAUCAAUAUAUCUGGAUGUCAUUGUUUGCAACAUAAUGAAAUAAAAUUCUGUAAAUAUAA